AUGAUGACGUCCAUGCUCUCCAACGAUUUGCUGACGGAUUCGCUACAGCAGAUAGCUGAUGCGCUUGAGCCUUGGUUGAAGACCAAGAAAGGCUUGGCAAAGGCCGACCGCAGCCGCUACGAGGCCAUGCUUCGGCUAUACAGAUCCAUUGUAGGUGUCUACAAAUCCAAUCCUGAUCCCUUGCCAGACUUCGCACGCGACCAGGUGCAGAGGAUGUUGGCGGAACUUCAGACCCUCGGGAAUCCGCCAGAUGAGGUCAUGGCUGAGAUUGUUCCAAAAGAGGUGGCCGAAGGGGGCGAGAGCUUUGAGGACAUGAUGAAAAACAUGGGCCUGGAUGCCAACCUGGCUGGUCCUGAGCAGGAUCUCAUGAAGAAAUUGGCGGAUGACCCUGAGGAACUCACGCGGGUCAUGAAGGAAAUGGCUGGAGGCAUGCCUGAAGAGGCACUGUGGCGUUUGGCUUCAGAAAACCACUGA